UCUGCAGAAGCGAGAGCUGCUUGGAAGAGCAUCAUUUUUGUGCUUUCUAAGUAAACACAGGUCUGAUACCGCAUUCGAAAAAUGGAAGUCUUCUUUGGGACAUGGAAACUCAUCAAAAAAGUGAACUUUGAUGAGUACUUGAUAGCAAUGGGUAUUUUACAGGAUCUGAACAAUGACACGAUUAAACCAACUGACACUUUUCACCGAGACGGGGAACAUGUAGUCUUGACUAUAAAGAACAGCCACUUUACCAGAGAUGUGAGGUUCAAACUGAAUGAGGAGUUCUUUGAGGAUACCAAGGAUGGGAGGCUCUGCCAUAGUGUCAUAAGCCUUAAGGGAGGUCAACUGGUACAGGUGCAGAAAUGGGAUGGAAAAGAAACCACGAUUGUACGUGAGAUCAAGGGGAGCAACAUGAUUAUGACACUGAAAUUUAAUGGUGUUCAAGGAAUGCGGCUCUAUGAGAAGGUUUAACUGUUUAAUCAGUGAUCUUCUUUGCCCUUUUCUUCUACACUGGCCUGCAGUCUGGAAGCAAAUAAUAUUACACAUAUAACUUUGAAAUCAAUGGAAUUGAUUGCAAUACUAAUAAAUAAAUAAAUCAUGAAAUGA